AAAUCUGAGAUCCCAGCCUUCGUGGGAGGAGGCUGGGAAGAGAGACAGAGACAGAGACAGGAAGAGAUAGUUGGGUUGGUUUUCUGCAGCAGGCGGCCUUGGGGUGUGUGCGUGUGGCUCUGUGCGUGUGUGUGUGUGCACACGUCCGUGGGCUGUUUCCUUGCCUGUGCUCUCCCAGCCAGGUGGGUCCCCACGGGGUAAUAAGGCCUCUGAGGCCCCACGCACAGCAGGGCUAGUGCACAGGCGGGGUAGCAGGAGGGCCUGUGAGAGGAAGGAAGGGAAAGGGGAAGAACAGAGGUGAGGGAGAGCCGGGAGCGAGCAGGCCGGUGGGAGGAGCUGAGCAGCUGUGGCAUCUGGAACGAGUAUAAAUAGCUGUCUGGGUGGAGCUUGGCCAAACAGGGGUCUGCCGCUGCAGCGGUUCUGGGGCAGACCUGUCCGCUGCUGGCCACCGCGGGGACACCCGGGCACGGAGUGGGGCCUGCGGGCUCCGGCCAGGCCUCCCCCCCUCGCCAUCACCGUGUCUCUGGAUGCUCUCCUGGCCGGCCAUGCUGCUGGGGGGCCUCCUCCUCGCCGUGGCCACCGUGACCAUGGCCCAGCGGAGGGGGCAGGAGGUGAGAGAGCGCCGCCUGGCGCACCGCGUCCAGCACGGCCAGUGCAGCUACACCUUCCUGCUGCCCGAGCCCGAGGCCUGCGCUCCGGACACUGGGACCUUCCGGGGCUCCAACAGCCUCCAGAGGGACUCGCUGAACCUGGUGGCCUGGCCUACCAAGCGGAUGCAACACCUGGAGAAGAUGCUGGAGAACAACACGCAGCGGCUGCAGAAGCUGGAAAGGUACAUCCAGAUGAACCUGAGGUCGCAGCUGGCGCAGGCGCGACAGCAUGUGGUCCAGAACCAGACGGCCGCCGUGCUGGAGCUGGGCACCAGCCUCCUGAACCAGACCACCGCCCAGGCCCACCGCCUGACCGACAUGGAGGCUCAGGUACUGAACCAGACAUCCAGAAUGGAGAUCCAGAUGCAGGAGACCUCACUGUCCACCAACAAGCUGGAGAAGCAGCUGUUCCUGCAGGGCCUCGAGCUCCACCGGCUGCAGGACUACAACAGCGCGCUGGAGAGCCGGCUGCGAGCCCUGGAGACGCAGCAGCAGGCGCAGCUGGCCAGCCUCCGGCAGGAGAAGGAGCGGCUGGGGAGCCUGCUGAGCCGCCAGAACGGCGCCCUCGCCGGCCUCGCACGCAACCUGCGCGCGGCCAGAAGCAACUCCAGCCUUUUGCAGAGGCAGCAGGACCGGCUGCUGGAGUCCAUGAAGCGCCUGCUGCGCACCGUGGCCCUGGGCCCGCGAGAGCAGGUUGCAGCUGAGCGGGUGUUCCAGGACUGUGCAGAGAUCCAGAGCUUCGGGGCCAAUACCAGUGGCGUCUACACCAUCCACGUGGCGAAUAUGACGGAGCCCAGAAAGGUUUUCUGUGACAUGGAAGCCAAUGGAGGUGGGUGGACCCUCAUUCAGCGCCGUGCGAACGGCAGUGUGAAUUUUCAGCGGAACUGGAACGAUUACAAACAGGGCUUUGGCGAUCCAGCUGGGGAGCACUGGCUGGGCAACGAGUUGGUGCACCAUCUCACCAGCAGGGCAGCCUACUCUCUGCGUGUGGAGCUGCAAGACUGGGAAGGCAACGAGGCCUAUGCCCAAUAUGAGCGUUUCCAGCUGGGCAGCGAGGGGCAGCUGUACAGGCUUUCUCUGAGCGGGUACAGUGGCUCUGCGGGGCCCCAGAGCAGCCUGGCCCUGGAGGGCACCAACUUCAGCACCCGGGACGCAGACAACGACAACUGCCUCUGCAAGUGCGCCCAGAUGCUGUCCGGAGGGUGGUGGUUUGACGCCUGUGGCCUCUCGAACCUGAACGGCAUCUACUACGCGGCCGGCCGCCACCUGCGCAAGCUCAACGGCAUCCGCUGGCACUACUUCCAGGGCCCCAGCUACUCGCUGCGCGCCACCCGCAUGCUGGUGCGGCCCGUGGGCACCUAACAGCAGCCCCGCCGAAGGCUGGGACCCCGGGAGGAGGCGGGACUUACUAUGCCCUGGGCGAGCUGGACCAACACAGGACACGGUGCCAGGGCCUGGACACCUGGAUCUCCUGAGCCAGCCCUCCUGGCCCCACGAGUCCCCACGAGUCUCCGACGCCUCGCCUCCCUGUCGUCCUCCAGCUGUGACAUGGGGGGCGACUGGGGGCUCCUGUCUCUGCAGGACCCCUCUUUUCCCCAGUCUUCUGCAGGGGCCCCUGCCAACCCGAGGGUCACAAUACUCUGAAUGAGCUGAGAACAGACAACGUGGCUCCUCAAAGGAAUACCUGGCUGGCGAUGGAAUUUCAGGCAGGUGGGGAGGUGUCUGCAGGCAGGAGUCUGCUCAGAUGGAGACCCAGAUCCUAUGCCCAGGGUUGGUGGGAAGGCCAUCGCCUGUUCCAAGCCUUCUCAGCCUUGAGAUGCCCUUGAGCUGUCCAAGGCUGAAAGGCCUGCACCUACCCCAUAACAGGAAUCACUAUGUCCACCCUACACGGCCCACCACUCCCCGGGCCCCACAUCUGGAACUCAACCCUGGUCUCUCAAGGGCUCCGGGAGAUCUCAGAGAGGUUCCUUCACCCCCAUCGGGUUCCAGAACAGGCUCCGCAGAGGAUAACUGCUGAGCAUGCCUGUGGUCCAGAGAGAAAGGAGAGCGCAGGUAAACCAGUGUCCGCACACAUUCUCAGCUGCAGGACGCGUCAGAGCCUUCAAUGGGGCUGGUGUGGGCAGCUUUCUCCAGAUUUCCUUAUCUCUCGGUGUGGUGGAUGCCUCUGGGAAAAGCUAGUCCUCAAGUGUCAUGAGGAGGAGCCCCAAGGCACCAUCUCCCACCCCCAGCGACCCAUCCUUUCUGGCUGCAAAAGCCACAGGGAAGGUCUCAAAUCGUCUCUAAAACAACUGGAAAGAAACGUUGGAUUAGAACAGACACACACCAUCCCGGAGCUUCCCGGCUGCUGCCAAGGCUCCUUCUGGCUCUUGGGCUGCCCUCGGCACUCCCUGUCAGCCCAGCUCAGCCUGGCUCAGGUACAGGCACUGCCAGGGACUGUCCGCACUGCCCUGGGCAGAACACCCAUCUGCAGGUCCAGAUCCUCCCAGGUCUAAGCCGGAACCCCCAGCCCCCUCCCCCUGCUCCAUCCAACAUGAUGUUGCCGCGCGGGGUCUGGGGGACCAGGGCCUCCUCCUGAGCUUCUGUCAGAGGGCAAGGUCACAAAGGAGCCACAGCCGCUCUGCUGCUCCCCCAUCGCCGUGCCACCCUCUCCAGUCCCCACGAGGCCCACUGUGCGCAGCGUGGUGACGUGGGCAGGCUUGGCGUCGGACAGGCCUGCUCCGGUUCUUUGGACUUGAGGCCUGUGGCUCAGCCUCUUGGCCUCGGUUAUCUUGUCUGUGAAAUGGAGGUGAUGAUACUCACUCCUAUGAGACCACGCAUGUCAGCGUCUGAUCAGAGCCUGGUAUGAAGCAGGUGCCUAAUAAAUAUUAGUUCCCAAAGAGGUGA